AUGUACGGCCAGCGUAGCAAUGGUGGUAGUGGUACCAACGCCGACGACGAUGCUGAGGAGGCGAACCAUCAGUCAUUCGCCCGGCCGAAGAGGCAGACGCACUUGAAACCAGCUGCCGAUCGCAUUUCGUGUGACAGCGGUAUUUCGCUGGAGGAUCCGGCACUGAUCCCCACCCACCCACCGACCCUGGUGCGCCGCCCGAAUGGUGGUGCGUCGUACGUGCGACGGUUGACUCAGCUAUUCGAGAACCUGACACACGACGAGCUGCGCCAGGAGCAGCACCGGCAGGAACAGUGCACAAUGUCCUCGACCACCGUCGGUCCGUCGAUUCACCCGCCGUGGGAACUGCACCAGGUAACCGAAGAGCCAACCACACCGGAAGUGACCGCCGAAUCACCCGUGCUGCGGGCAGUGCCGUGCCAAGUGCUACCGACGGUGUGUGAAAGUGUUGUGGCCGGGGGUGGCACGGUGGAAAGUGAAAAUCAACCCGCGAGUGAUGGUUCCAACGAUGCGGAAAUUGCACAAGACGCAUUAGCGCCGCUGCCCGUUGUGGCUCGUACGCUACGGAUGCCCAAUUUGGAGGCCAGUGCGGAGGAUCGUGUUAUGUCGAUGAGUGUGCGGGUGAGUGGUGGUGCACGUGCGAGUGCGGUGGGCAAGAAAAGGCUAAGUCGCCGUCGCCGAACAACGCAACAGUUGGUGGCGGACGAAAGCGUCGGUGGUGGUGCGCGAGCACUCAGCUACAGCAACGCGCAGGGUGAUAAGAUGGAUGGUGGCGAACAGUACGACCACGACUACAUGUACGAUGACGACGAGUUCGACACUAGCGAGGAGGAAGAGGAAACGACAGAGCAGAUGUCGGAACCGCACGGGGCUGGUAUCGCGGGAAGUGAAUUCGGCGAAGGAGAAGCACCGCCAGAGAUUUUCGAAGCUCACAACACGCACGUACCGGUGAUCGAUCGCGGUACUCCACACUACGAAGAGCACGACGAGUUCAGCAGCAGUUCGUUCGACAGUGACUCGGACGAUGGUGAACCGUUCGUCGUGCGACCCGAUUCGAACAGUUCACUCAAGACGGCUCGCGUCACCAGCAUACUGCAGGAGCUGUUGGCAAACGAGGCAAACUACGUGCAAACGCUCGGCCGAGGGAUCGAGAACUAUGUCAGCAUCAUGACGGGGAAGGACCUGCCGCCGGCGCUGCGCGGUCAGAAGUAUCACAUCUUCGGUAACAUCGAGAAGAUACACAACCUGCACCAGAGCCAAUUCCUGCCGAUGCUGGAGUGUAAUCGGGCCAGCAUUGCCGGAAUCGCGGAAACUUUCAUCUGGUUUCUGGAGAAUGACAAGUUCUACUGCUACAUCAUGUUCGCGCUCAACCGUCCUAAGUCGGAACGGAUAUGCAACAGGAAUUUGGACUUCUUUCAGCGGCGCCAGCAAGAGGUGGACGAUAAGCUCGGACUGAACAGCUUCCUUCUGCAACCGAUCCAACGGUUGCCGCGGUACAAGCUUCUGCUUGCCGAGAUCAACAAGGAGAUCCUCAAGCAGAUGGAGGACACAAUACUCGAAUCGGUCAAGGACGAGAUCGGCAUCCUGUGCAAGGCGGAAAAGCGUCUCGAACGCUUCAUCGACAUCGUGAACGAGGCGAUGAGCAUCAACGACAUUCAGGAGUGCUACGAGGGUCCGAACAGUGUGCGGCUGGAACUCAUGAACCAGUGCCUUGCGAUAUCCGAUCUCUUCAGCAGUCCGGUGCACACACCGAUGGUGUUGAUACUGCGCCCCCAUCAGGAUCAUAACCCAGCCAAACGAGAACCCAUUAACCUUUUCAGCCAGGGUAAGUUCCGGAAGAUGUUCGAGGUGGACAUCUACGAUUGGGACCACCGUAGACGCUACCCGGCGAAGCUGUUCCUCUUCGAGCGGAGCGCCAUCUACGCGGAGAAGGUGAAAACCCUGCUCGAGUACCGUGGCCGGUACGACGAGUCCGAGAUAGGCAUCCACAACGAGAACCGGAACAAGGUGUACUUGUACGCGCGGAAGCGUGGCAUCCAGGAGAUCGAGGUGACCUGCGGUGACAUGAACGAGACACAGCGGCUGUCCGCGCACGUCGAAAGGAUGAUGCAAGAGUUCGCGGUGAACGAGCGUGAUCGCAUCAAUACGCUGGUCCGGCCCCGAAUACCGAGCGUGAUGACGCUUAACCGGCGCAGCGUUGCCAGCAUGGUGUCCGGCAACAGUGCUACCACUAGUAUGCGGGAAAGUUACGAAUCGCAAACUACCUGGAGCACCGAUAAGCCCAUCGCACAGCUUGCCACCAUGCAGAAGAACUUCUGCCGAAUACUGGCGGCUAAUAGGCGCUACUACUUCAACGAACUGCCCCAGGAGUUGGCGUCCCAGGUGGCUGACUUUAUGCGCGUGUACGACCGGAUACUGCACUUCCACACCAAACGUUUGUACGAGGAGCUAUCGCGACCAGACACGGGAAUCGACGAUGUUUGCGAGAUGUUCAUCGGAUACCUAAAGGAAGGGGCGCUCGAUGUGUACAACGAAUACAUUCGUCUGUUCAAACCGGCCGCGGAAGUGCUUAAAAACAUCCACAAAGCAUCGCGCUCCAGUAUCACCGACAGCAUGGUCGCGCCGACGAUGGAUGAGUUUACCUUUCUUGCCGUACAGCACUGGAACAAGCUGGAACACUUCCUGCAGGCGCUGAUCGUGCAGAUAUCCGAACAGAUGAACUCGGGCCACAUGGAGCACCAGGAUCUGUUCCGCAAGCUGGCAUACGUCGAGGUGCAGGUGGCCGGUUUCCGCCAACUGCUCUUCCAAAACUACCGACUUUUCAACAUGGACGAGAAGAUAUCCCCGGCAAAGAUGGGCCUGGUGCUGUACUCCGACCGUGUGCGGUAUGACAACGAAACGAUCAGCUCCCACCGUGUGCUGCUCUGUGAGCGAGCGGUCGUCUGUGUCAAAUUCCACUUCGUGCGGGAAUUUGGACGCCAAACGGAAAAGUACACAGGGUUCGCCUUCAUCGAUCGUUUCGGGCGGGACGUGAAGAUGCCCAACGUACGGGUCAGCAAGAAGUCCGAGGUGCGGUUGAACGUGGUGAUGAACGAGGCGAAACACCCGAUUGACUUCGGCAACACGGCCAACCGGGACAAGUUCUACGGUCAGUACUGUGCGGUACAUGCAAAACACGCUUAG